AUGGUUUACAACCCAGAUCCCCGAACACGGGAUGAGGAGACGGUUUUCGUGAACCCGCGCAUCAUCUCCUUCAGCGACGACAAGGAUUGGCAGGUCCUGGGAGAGAGGGAAGAGGAAGAGGAUGAUGGGGUGAGAAGGCCGAAGGUUGUUUGUCAUUCCCUCGGUGUGGGCCUCGAGGACUUAGUCAGGCAAAGCUUCGGUAAGGAUCCGCGGGAACGUUCAGCGGCCCGUGUGGGUGGAGGUGGAGGUGCUGGGACGUACCCCUACGCUCUUUUGGUGUCCAAGCUUUCGCGGAUCCAGCUGAGCGAGUUCAAGCCGUGCUCUGCAAGGGCGUGCACCUUCAUCAAGAUCUUCGGAAGCGGCAUGGUGCCCACAACCUUUGAUCGGAGCUGGGAGGAUGCGCCCUGGUGUUCGCCGUGGUUCGCAAUGGAGACACCAAUCACAGCAGGCUCAGCCAGCACUUCCUGGAACCCCGUUGCCCGUCCUUCUCCUUGCGGCAGAUGCAGCAGGAGUGCAACGGAGAAACAGCCCGACAUAGCAUUAUCAACCCGCUGCACAACUCUCGCUCCCGUCAUGCUUAUGUUUGGUGCAUCGGUGGCUGGUGGCUUUCCAAGAUCCUUCACGAUUGGCUGCUGCUUGCCGGGGCGCACGAGUACACAACUCUGCGAAUAG